CUGGCGUCUUGGCUCCUGCGCGGCGGGCCGACCCGGCUAUCGCACGGGCGGAGCCGGGCGGCGAGGCUGCUGCUGGCAGAUUGUGCCGGACUGCGGGCCGCGACAUGGAUUGUCCUGUGCAGCCCGAAUUCCAGCCUUGUUGAGCCAGCCACACCAAGAACUUCCCAGCAGAGAAGCCCCUCCAAACACUGACCAUGUCUAUUAUGGACCACAGCCCCACCACAGGGGUGGUCACAGUCAUAGUCAUCCUCAUCGCCAUUGCUGCCCUGGGGGCCUUGAUCCUGGGCUGCUGGUGCUACCUGCGGCUGCAGCGCAUCAGCCAGUCAGAGGACGAGGAGAGCAUCGUGGGUGAUGGCGAGACGAAGGAGCCCUUUCUGCUGGUGCAGUACUCUGCCAAGGGGCCAUGCGUGGAAAGAAAGGCCAAGUUGGUGACCGCCAGUGGCCCGGAAGUGCAUGGCUGAGCUGGGCUGUGAAGGCCCUGGUUCCUUUGCGGCCAGCCCAGAAGCACCAAGAGGGCAGAAGCAGACAUGAUGCUGCGUGAGAGGGGUUGACACUUGCUGGCAUGGUCUCUUCAGGCUUCAUCAUCGCAUGCACUGACUGCGGGUCCUGGCUGUUCCUGGCCUCCCCCCUCAGCCUCCUGGUGGGGCUGCCCAUUGCAGGCAGUGGGCAGGCCUGACCUUGCUGGGGCUCAUGGCCCCUUAGCGCUUUUGUUACUUGAAUGUUUUAGCUGAGCCUGUUUUUGAUGGAGCUACUACUGUAAUGCGUGAACUCACCAACCUGUGAACUGUAAAUAGGCCCAGAAGCACGUGCUUAAGCCUUUGUGCUGAUUUUUAAAAAUACCACAUAGAGCCCGUGGGGCUGGCUUGAUGACUGUACUCACGGUGAGCUGAGGCAUGACCGUGGAGGGUCUUUGACUGGUCAGGCCCCAGGUGCCCUUGGCAGGGCUCACGGAGGUUUAUCUGUGUGUAUGGAAAGGAAGUGAAGGGCUAAGCAGCUGGGUGCUUGGGCGACUUCUGCUUGGUUAGUAAUGGGUAGAAGAAAAACCACACCCCUCCCUUUCGAUAGCUUCAGCUUUGUUAAAUAGCAGUGUGUGCAGAUGGCAGUCACUGCAAGGAAGCUGCUGCAUUUGUUUGGAAGCCUGUGACGGACUAGUCCCCGAGUCCUGAGGGCUGCCAGGCAGCUGAGCAGAGCAGUCUCUUGCCCUUUGUCUUGAGCAUGCCCAGUACAUCCCUUCAGCACAGGCCUUGCAGAUCCUGCUCUGGUCCUCUGGAAACACCAGAGCCCGUGGUGGCUACUUGAAGUCUGAAACACAGUUGGCCCAAGCAAGCAAGGUUUUGUUUUUGUAUUUAAUAUUUUCUGCACUGGAGUGGAGGUGGGGGGUAUGGGCGAUUCGGUUUUUUUUGUUGUUGUUUUCUUCCCACCUUUUCACAAGUGAGCUUCCUUUCCUCUCCAAUGACUGCCCACUGGCUGGGUAUUGGGUUUCACUUUGAUCCAUGGAGCUUUGUAGACAGAGCCCCCUGACCCAGCUCUAAUGGCACUAUGUGCUAUAUAAGAUCAUUUCUAGUGUGUACAUACGCAUUUACAACAGCCACCAGGAUUCAAAUUCAGGGAGGUAAGGGAGCCAGCAGCAUGUAUCUCCGGGAUACCCUUUAAGUCCAUGCCUAUAAACUUGCUUAGAUGUUAAUCCCACCACUAUAAGUGCAUUCUAAACCAUUAUGAUGAAAACACGAAUGUGCUGGCAUCUUUGGUGAUGAAUAGGUGGCCAGCCCUGGAUUGGCCAGCAUACCAAUGGGCAGGAAGCAGAGAACUUCAGGCCAGGCUGGAGACAGCUUUAAAAUGCAUGUGAAACUAAUCCAUUCUCUGAAACCCCGAGUGAGGAGCUGUAGGGGACACUUUUUAGCAGCGUAUGCCUCAAAGCGGGGCUGUGUGUAUCCAAUGUUAAGGAACAGCUCUAUGUGAGGGAAGACAGCUGGAAGGACAUUUGUGAAGGUAGGAAUAAGACACCUCUGGUGGGCUGCUGCAGUAAGAACAGCUUAAACUCUUGGACCCCGGUGAGAUAACUAGGUCUUGGAGGUGGUAGUAAGGGGUAGACUGGCCACUGGCAGAGGCAGCU